AUGCAGGUAGUACAAAUCGAGCAAGCUCCAAGAGACUACAUAAGUGACGUCAAAGUAGUCUCUUCCAAAUCGCUGCUUUUGAUAACGUCUUGGGACGGCUUUUUAACAAUUUACAAAGUAGACGCUCAGGCGAGAAAAGUUGAUCUUCUGCAAUCGUUGCAGUACAAACACCCGCUAUUGUGUUGCAACUUCAUCGAUAACCCAGACUUGCAGAUAUACGUGGGGACUGUGCAGGGCGAAAUUUUAAAGGUUGAUCUAAUAGGUUCCCCCAGCUUCCGUGCUUUGACAAACAAUAAAGCCAACUUAGGCAUUUGUCGAAUGUGCAAAUAUGGCGAUGACAAACUUGUCGCUGCGUCAUGGGAUGGUCUCAUAGAGGUUAUUGACCCUCGCAAUUACCUCAACGAAGUUAGUCUUGGAAAAAACCUAAAUUACAAUAGUACGAAGGUAAAGAACAAGAUAUUUACUAUGGAUACCAACUCUUCCCGAUUGAUCGUUGGUAUGAAUAAUAGCCAGGUCCGAUGGUUUCACCUACCACUCCGCGAAGAAGACAAUGGAACGUUGGCGGAAUCCGGCCUGAAGUACCAGAUAAGAGAUGUCGCUCUCUUGCCACAAGACCAAGACGGUUAUGCGUGUAGCAGUAUAGAUGGACGAGUCGCUGUGGAAUUCUUUGAUGAUCAGGGUGACGAGGGUAGCCUAAACAAAAGAUUCGCAUUCAGGUGCCAUCGUUUGAAUUUAAAGGACACGAACCUAGCUUAUCCAGUAAACUCUAUGGAGUGUUCCCCUUUGUCUAAAUUUCUAUAUACGGCCGGUUCUGAUGGCAUUGUCUCUUGUUGGAACCUAGAAACUCGCAAGAAGGUUAAAAACUUCGCUAAAUUUAACGAAAACAGCGUGGUCAAGAUUGCUUGUACUGAUAACAAUCUAUUUCUGGCAACUUCCGACGAUACCUUCAAGACUAACGCAGCCAUUGAUCAUGGCAUCGAGCUGGAACCGAGCUCAGCAUACAUAAUAUUUAACUAUGAGAAAUAA